AUGCCAGGAAAGAUUCUAGAGAAAUACGAGCAUGUGCCCGUAACAAAGGAAGAUUUGGACUGGGCUGAGCUCAUCACUCUGGACUUGAGUUUGUACGAGCAGCCAGGGGGCAAAGAAGAGCUCGUCAAGCAGCUCGACCACGCUGUGCGCAACGUCGGCUUCUUCUACGUCAAGAACUUCAACAUCAGCCAAGAUGAAGUCGAUCAACAGUUUGCUCUCGGUCGCGAGUUCUAUGGGCUGCCCCUGGAGGAGAAACUGAAAUAUCACAAUCAGACCGAUCUGGAAAGCGGUGAAUACAACGGCUACAGACCGGCUGGUCAUCGAAUUCUCGGCAAUGGAAUUAGGGACAAUGUCCAAGUUUACAACAUCCCCAAAUUCGACGGCUACCACCGACGCCAGCAACCUCCGGUGUUGGCCAACAGCAUCAAGGAAAUUGAAGCUUUCAGCCGAAAAUGCCACGACGAAGUCGUAGUGAAACUUCUCCGCCUCUUCGCAAUUCUCCUCGAGCUCCCAGACGAGGACCAGUUGGUCAAGGACCACCAAUACGACGUCAAGGGCGAAGACCAUCUCCGCUACAUGCACUACGCAGCCCGAAGCGUUGAAGAAAACGAGAAAGUCGGCGACUUGUACAGCCCUGGCCACACAGACCUCGGCAGUAUCACACUGCUCUUCCGCCAGCCAGUCUGCGCCCUCCAAAUCCUCAACUCCCAGGGAAAGUGGAAGUGGGUUAAGCCUCAGGACGGCACCAUCACUAUCAACACUUGCGAUGCGCUUACGGCUUUGACUGGCGGUCUGAUCAAAUCGAGCGUCCACCGCGUCCACGCACCUCCGCCCGACCAGGCGCAUGUUGAUCGCUUGGGUGUGCUGUACUUUGCACGACCCAACAACCAUGUGGUGCUUGACCCCAUUGCAAACAGCCCCGUGCUGCAGCGUCUGGGACUGACAUCCAAUGCGUUCACGGAAUUGGGACAGCAUUUGACCACUGAGCAGUGGGUCAAGGUCAGACAGACUCAACAGCAGCGGAAGACGAGGGAGGCCAAGGUCACCAAGGAUGGAAAGUACAAUUAUGAACAGAAGGAUUUGGAAAUCAUUCCGGGGCUGCAUGCUACUAUUCACAACUAG